AAAAGGAGUGGAAUUUCGGGGGUUACGGCAAGACUUUUUUUUUGUCCAUCAGAGAGGACUUGGUGACAUUCCUUCCGUCUUCCUGUGAUUAUUGUAGGUGUUAUCAUCAUUAUUAUUACAAGAGCAGAGAUGGUUUGGACUGAGGAGUACAAACAUUCCAGUUGAGAGUUAACUUGGACCUUGAAAGUUCUGCAAUGGUUAAGGAUUGAGGUUGAAGACAGACAUGAAAUUCCUCACACUGGUAUUGUCUUUCCAUCUUUGAGUGAGCUGAAAUCAAAGACCCCACACCAGCUGGCCACCAUGAAUGCUUCUUUCCCACCACCCACCAACAACACCCCACUCUGCUACUCCAUCAACAGCCCUCCAUUCAAUUACACACCUACCCUUGCCUCAAUCCACUACUCAUCCAUUUUCAGCACCUUGGGUCUCACCUCCAACCUCAUCGCCUUCAUAGUUCUUGUCAAGUCUUUUCGGCGGGCACGUUCAGGUUCACGAUCCUUUUUCCUUAUCUUCCUUGGUGGCCUGGUGAUCACUGACUUCAUGGGUCUUCUGGUCACCGGCUGCAUUGUGGUCUCCUUCUAUGUCACAAACUUUAAUUGGCGCCAGUUAGACCCAAACUGCCAUUUCUGCAACUUCAUGGGCAUGUCCAUGGUGUUCUACGGACUGUGCCCACUGCUGCUGGGUGCUACCAUGGCUGUGGAGCGCUUCAUUGGCAUCAACCUUCCAUUUGUACGCUCUUGCAGCAAAACUAAGGGCCGGUCAGUUUCCAUGGUGCUGAUGGUGUGGUUGUUUGCUGGAUGCAUUGCUUUGCUGCCCCUAAUGGGUGUUGGGAGCUACCACAUGCAGAUGCCCGGCUCCUGGUGUUUUUUCAACAUCAGCUAUGAGGGAAAUGACAAGUUCUUCUCCCUGAUCUUCUCACUGGUUGGGUUGACGAGCAUUGCUGUGUCAUUUUUAUUGAACACGGUGAGCGUGGUGACCCUGAUCAAGGUGUGCUGUGGACCAGCCAGGACCCAGCGUCGCCGAGAUCAUGAAGUGGAGAUGAUGGUGCAACUUAUCCUGAUCAUGGUCAUUGCUUCUAUCUGCUGGUGCCCCCUCUUGGUCUUCAUUGCAAAAACUGUGCUGUCCAGAGAUCGGGUCCAGAUCAGACUCCUGCUGCUAGGGAUACGCUUCGCAACCUGGAACCAGAUCCUGGACCCCUGGGUAUACAUCCUGUGUCGCAGGGCAGUUCUCCAGAGAAUCUACCCCCGCCUUAACUGGUCCAGGGGCUCCAUCAUGACCUUGUACCCAUCUUUCAGUGACACCGUUCGCAGGUUCACACGCUCUUCACUUGGGAGCACCCUGGGCUCAGAUGAAACCGCAGAGACUGAGAAAACAGAUGUAACAUCCCCAUCUACCUUGAAAUCACCUCCUUCUUCUCCAUAAUUGGUUAGAUUUGAGAUUUGAGUUGAGACUGAGUGAUGCCAUUGAGGUUUUCUGUAUGUGUUCCACUCUCUGACUUUUCCUGAUGACUGUGACUGGGAUAAGCAGCAAGAUUGCACCUAAAAUCUGAAAGAAUAAAACACUGUUAUGCUAUUGAAUACAACUGAAAUGUUUUUUCAGUAUUAACGACAACACUUUGUCAAGCACUGUCUGAUUGGACACUUACCAGGAACAAACAUAUAGUCUCUUAAUAAAAACACUUCGGAUUAGGGCUCAAAAAUGUAUGAAUGUAUUUGGGAAGUUUAUUAUUCAAGUAAAGAAUGAGAACAAGAAAUCAAAAUCCUAUUAUUACCAUUUGUUUGAGUAGCUGAUGGAAGAACAAAGUGGGCUCAACAGGACAAGAGGUCUUUAAGGGAUAGGAACUGAAACAGCCUGCAGAGGUUGAACUCAGGGCUGUGUAAAGGGCCAUUACAAGAUAAAUAAUAGUUUUUUUUUUACUGUAAAUAAUGCAAAGAUAUCCCUGUAGAACCCCAUAGUAAAAAUAUAGACCUGGAAAUGUUAUGUCCUCGUUAAAGCUAUCUACAUAAUUGUACUUUUAGCUUGUAUUACUUUAUCAAGUGUUUUUAUGAUAUUAUAGUUUAAAACAUCUUAUUACAGUGGAUAGGGGCAUUCUGUGGUAAUUCAGGAGAUUUAUUAAGCACAUACACACUUUGCUUAUAUUUAAUAGUUGUCAGUCUCAACAGUUACUGUUGAGGUUUUGUUACCUUUGUGAAAGUAUUUAAGAGAAACUUGGUGGAUGGCCUUAAAUGUUGAUGAUAACAGUGAAACACUGGAUACCAAGAGCAUCACUUAAAUGUUGCUUGAAUUUUCCUGUACAAUUGCCAAUUUGAGAACUUGUUCUAUGUGUUAAAUAUUUUAAUGAUACAUGCAAAUCAAACCAAACCUUCAAGACCAAAAAAUUAUCAGUUAUUAACUUUUUUCAGAAUCUCUAAAAGGGAGCUUUAAAAGAGACCUCUGUUUCAAUUUGCAUGCUUAUCUGGAAAAUAAAGUGAAUGCCAAUGAGAAUGUGAUUGUUGAAUAUCGGCACAGACCAUGAAAAUGCAAUGUUUUUAUUGUCAGUAGAGAAAUAGGACCAAAAAAGUUAGAUGAACAAUUAUUUGAGAUGUAUCAUUUUGCAUUGCAGGUGUUUGUAUUGGUAGCGAAAGAUGGUAGCGAAAGAUAUGAGAAAAAAAACCAAUCCCUUACAUUAGCUGUUCAAUAUUACUGAGAUAAACGUCAGUCAUUUGAGUGAGAAAGUGUAAUUGUUGUCUACUGAGGGCUACAUUGCCUGCUAUCUUUAACAGUAUUAUAAAUAUAUUGCAUUAUUAUAGUAAUAUGUUACUCAUUUCAUUAGUAUUUUACUGAUCUCUCACUGUAUCACUCGCUGGUGUAUUGUGGCUAUCCUAAUUUCAAACCCUCCCACUGAGCAUUUACUUCAUGUAGCAUAUUUUCUCACUUACUACUAUUAUGCUGAAAUCAGAUUACACAAUAUUUUUGUCUUUCAUGAUGGUCACCAUGUCAGAUGCAGCAAUCACAGUACCAUAAAUUAUUGCUGUUUAUUGGUCGAGAGACUGGCAACACUACAGGCAUGGCCCCAACUAAUCAUAAUUCACACCUUAGUGAGUUCAUAGAACAUCAAGAAGAAGGGUCAACAAAUUGUCAGUCAUGGCUACAGAAGCGCUGUGUGUGAUGUGCUCCAAAAAGGAAAAGAAAAGAAAAACAAAAUUAUUGUGGACCCGUUCCUGGAUGUCACAAAGACAAAUGGAUUCAAAGAGAACUUGGGGUAAUGAAUGUGUUAACAUGUCAGGAACAUUACAUAAAUCUUCCAGGUUCACUGUAUGUAAACAGAAGGUCUCAUGGAAGAAAACAUGAUUGGGUUUUGGUAGCUGUAUACUCUGGUAAAUGAAAACACAAAGAUAUAUUUUAAAAUCAGGUGGUUUCAUAAUCAUCAUAACCUAAGUGUUUUAUGGAGCACAUAUGUAAACACGACACAAAAAGUCAAAUCAGAGAUGCUGAGAGACUAAAUGCAGCUCUGCUGGACAGUUUUGACUUUCUUUGUCGGUGUUUAUAGAAGUGUUCCAGAGAGCUCUCAGUCAUCCUAUUGUUCAAUACAAAGAAACACAAUGUAGAAAAUGUUAAAAUAGGCAGGAAAAUACUAAUUCUGACAUGCUAAGAGUUUUUGUUAGGGUAUCAUUGGGUGUCCCAAUGAUUACUUUCCCUUGAUUAUGGCACACUACAUGUUUCAUCGUUUCUGACGUUCAUAAUUGGGCCUGGCGGUGGAAAUUUGUCAGUAAUGACAAAAUUCUGUCAAAAUCGGGUUGAAUUUGUGUAGUCGGAUCCCAGCGUUUUAUUUGCUUAUAUCUAGGAUUUCUACAUUGGAAGUAAAUGGAAAUUAUUUUGUGCUGCUAAAACAGAUUUUAAGUGAUACGUGAAAAAAACUAAAACAUGUCUUUAAGUGAGAAAAUAGUAAGAAAGGUUAAGUGUAAGGGUGAGUGCAAAAAUAUACUUGUUGUGUAGCUUUGCAAUGUACAUGAACUGAUCCUUUAACAACAGGCUUACUGUUGUCUUGUUCGUCUUUGAAUCAAGUGAAUUAUCAGCAAAGCUAAAAAUGUAUUGAAAUCCGAUAUUUCCACCUGGAAAUAGUAAUAGUGUUUGGAUGUGUUUGCCUACCUUGGUUUGGAGGAUAUUACUUGUGUGAAUAUUUCUUAGAUACAGAUUUUCUCAGCAGGAAGGAGGAUUCAAAAGAGUUGCACUUGUUCAAAGUGCAGUCAAUAUAAGUGUUGCUAACAAACAAGACAGACACAGGAUAUUAUGGCUAAAUAGUACAUUUCAAUCAGCAAUAAAUCAGCUUCCCCCUCUCAUAUCUCUUGUCUUUUCUCUGGGCCUCAGUCCAGUAAUAGUAAAACUGUAGUAAUUUUUGCCUCCAGAAGAUGUCUACCUCUCAGAGGUGUUUAACUAAAAUUUCAAGUCGCUAUCAGCUUAGAGAAUGUUUAUUAUAACAGUGAAGAGGAAGUUUGCAUGGGUGUGUAGUUGCUGCAUAAUUCAAAUCCAGUCUAAUCAUUUGUUCAGUGUUACCACAACAAAUUUAGCUAAAUAUUAACUGUGAAAAUGAAGUGUAAAUGUUGAUGCCUUUGACAAAAAUGUCAUGUUAUUGUAAAUAAAAGCUCAGUAAAAUGCUGAAAAUCACUGAUGAGCG